AUGCUGUCUCCUCAAGAACUUAGAAAUGCUCAUUUCAAGGCAGUUGCCGGCUAUGGAUUGAUGGGUCUUACUUGGACACCACAACCUCCUGCCAAAGAAGUUGCUUUCGCAGCCAUUGAUAAAGCGAUUGAACUAAAUGAAAAACCUGUUUUACUGAACAUCGGUGAGCUGUAUGGACCAAAUUGGGCUAAUUUGAAACUAGCCCGCGAAUAUUUUGCUAGUCGUCCUGGGAAUCGUGAAAAGGUGAUUAUCAGUUGCAAAGGGUGCGUAGAUCUACAAAACUUGAGUCCAAAGGGAGACCGUGCCAGUGUUAUUGAAUCAGUGGAAAAUUGCGUCCGUGAGAUCGGAGGACCUAUCGACAUUUUCGAACCCGCUCGUAUCGACACGAAAAUAGCAGGUUCGAAUCUCUACCCAGCCGAGACUUUUGACACUCUGGUCGAAUUCAUUCAAAAGGGCCUCAUUGGCGCCAUUUCCUUAAGUGAGGUUAAUGCUGAGCAGAUUCGUGCCCUAGAUGAUAAGUAUCACGAUUACAUCGCGUGUGUCGAGGUUGAGCUUUCUCUUUUUUCGCCUCAUAUCCUUUCCGAUGGAGUUGCUGACAUUUGCAAUGAAAGAGGCCUGCCUAUUCUUUGCUACUCCCCAUUGUGUCGUGGUUUCUUGACAGGUGCAAUCAAAUCUGCCAAUGACAUGAAAGACGGUGAUAUACGUAAGGGCCUUAAGAAAUUCAAGGGCGAAGCGUUCGAACACAACAUGCAGCUACCCAAGUUUUUGCAGGAAGAAAUCGUCGACAAAAGAAACGACGGCAGUACCAUUUCUCAGGUUGCCUUGGCGUGGAUCGUGUCCUUGAACUCCAAAUAUCAACAUACUCGAUUCAUUCCGCUUCCUGGUGGUUCAUCCACCCACCGUGUGGAAGAAAACCUUUCUUUCAAGCAGCUCACCCAGCAGGAGCUAUCCAAAAUCGACAAAUUUCUCGAGAACUUUGAAGUAAUUGGUGACAGGUACGAGAGGGCAUAA